UUUUGUAUAAUUUCCAUAAAAUAUAUCUUCAAAAAAUGAAAGGUUCUAAAGUAUUUGCAAAGUCUGGAGACUCCUCUGAUGAAGAAAAAAGAGAAAAUCGAUGGAAAAAAGAUUUGCCUCAAUCUAAAUUUCGUCGAAGCGAUAAUGAAAGAUGGUCUAGAGAUGCAGCUAAACGAAUUUUUAAUGUUGUAAAAAGCCAACCAAACGAAAAAAGUGCGAGGGAAUUAUUGAAAUCUUUGAAAAGUUCUUCUGCAGAUGAUGAACAAAAAAGUGCAAUUGAUAAUUUUUUACAUAAUGUUGACAUAAAUGAAUAUUUUAUUGAUAGAAAUGAGAAAAAGGAGGAAGAAAUUUUAGAAAAAUUAAUUAUAGCUAUUGAAAAAAAAGCUGAAAAGAAAAAUGAUUCAAAAAAGGUUUUUAAAAAUUAA